AGCCUUCCUUUUUUUUGCUUUUGACUUUUCUGUGGCUUUGUGCUCGACACUGCGGGCGACGGAAGGAGAUUCCUGACGGCAUCUUCGCGCCCAUACGUAUUUCUUUUCUUCAGUCACUUCUCUGUUUCCUUCUUCUACCCCCCCCCAAAAGGUCGUGUUGCUACCACAAAGAGAAGCGUUAGUCCGUUUCUUGUGUGCAGCGAUGCUGUCCAGCACGGCACUUACCAGGUGCUUCGCAUCACUGGCCGUAGCCUCCGCCACCACCUUCAUGCAGGAACACGCGGCGGACGCACCGGCAGCGGCUGAGGUGGAGCCGGUGUUGUGGAUCGACGACGUCGCACCUGCCCAGAAGGCGUUGGAAGAGCACAUUCGGAGUGCGGCGUACAAGGAGCUGCACCGCCCUGCCCUGACGACCUCCGCGAUGGGCCUCUUUGGUGGGGAGCCCGGGUUUGAGAAGGCGUAUCGAGUGUGGGUAGACCCCGACCGGCCGCACAUGAAGCACGUGUUCAACCAGACCGCGCUGGCGAAGAACCUGCGCUACACCCGUUACGGCUACUUCAAGCGUGACAUGCACCUCCUCGACAUCGACAAGCUGGUGCGCCACGCCCGCAUGCUGCCCACGCCGAACCGCCUCCUGACCGACUUUCUGUAUCAACGCGUGCCGAUGCCGGACAAGAGCUGUGCGGCAAUUCUGCGCUAUCAGCUAGAGCAGCUGACGUUGAUUGAGGACUGGCAGCGGGUGGCGAGCUUCGCGUGCGCCGAGGAGAUCUUUGAGCGGAUGGUUGUGACGAACAUCCCACCCGUCGACGUCGGCCCCGAGACGCACGCGGAGAUGAUUCGCUGCUGUGCCGUCUGCGGGGCGUGGGAGAAAGGCUGGGACGUGUACCUGCAGCGUGCGCGUGAGCUGGAGGCGGAAGCGGCGGGCAAGUCUGUCGAGGCCUUUACCCUCUCCACAUACUUCUUCGACGCCGUGUUAGAGUUGUGCGUGGCGUGCAAGAAGCCGGCGGAGGGGAUGGCGGUGAUGACGGAGGUUAUUCAGCGGCACCUGCGUCCGCGCCCUUCGAUGCUGGCCAAGACGAUGAUUCUUGUCUCAAUGGCAGCGGAGCAGCUCCAACCCGCUUCUGUGAAGGCGUCGGCAGCUGCUGCAACAGCUUCUGACGAGGAGGCAGCGCCUCCGGAUACCGCCUCCGCCUCUCCUCUGACGCACGCGGACGAGGCGCGAGCGGAUCUCGACACGUACCUGGCGCGUGGGCUGGAUGCGUGGUCCUUGUACGACUUCUACGCCCUCCAGCGCAGCACUGGGUGCGUGGAGGCCUACAUGCGCAUGGGCGCGAUGCUGCAGAGACCAACCCUCGUCCUCGAGGCGCUCAGCUUCGCGGACGGGGCGAAUAUCCGCGUCUCACUCGAGUGCUACUACUGGGCUGUGUACGCUCUCCGUACGGUGCCUGGUAUGGGCGACUACCUGAUCGAUCUUUUUGGCCAGCUGCCUCAGCGGGGACUGUCUGCUGAUUAUGUGCUCUACACGUUGGCCUUCCUUUACUGCGCCCUGCAGGCCGACGGCGAGCUGGCCGUCUCCGUGUAUCGGCAGUUUUACCAGCACAGCGAUAUCAACCCAACACCGGAGAUGACGCUGCUGUUUGUGCAGGCGUGUGCUGUCAGUGCGGAGAGCACAGUGGAGAUGCUUGUGUGCUGUGAGGCCAUGAUUCGGCGACUGGAGGAGGUGGGCAGUGCGGUUGACAACAUCGAUGCCAUCUACGACCAAUGCAUCGAGCUGGCGGCCCACGUCGGUGCGGUGAGCGCGGCGCACAGCAAGGUGAAGAAGCUCGUGAGUUUUGGCAAGUCGCUGACGACGCGCAUCUUGAACUCGCUGCUCCUGGCAAACGCGCAGUCGACGGACGGCUCGCUGAGGAUGUCGGCAGAAAUAAUCCGCCUGUACACCCUGCUGGGGAUUGGUGUGAACGACGACACUCUAACCUGUCUCACGAUGUGUCAGGCGGCACACGGGACAUCCAGUGAAGUGGACGCGUUUUGCAGGUCCGUCGAGGCGGCGCAGGCGGCGAGCCCAACGGGGACGCUUGGCGAGGAUGCGGAGGCCGUCAUUGCCGAUACCCCACCGCAUCAGCUGCGGCAGCUCAAGACGGCAUGGCGUCUGCGUCCGCGAGACAUGAUGCUGCGUCGCUUUGGUCAACACACCAAGCCACCGGGCAAGGAGCAGGUGGGCAGCAUGUUGGGCAGCACCGUUCCGUUUGGGCGUUCACCAGGCGAGCGGAAGGUGUAG